AUCCAUUCUCCAACAACCACCUCAGCCAUCUCUCAAUUCCUCGCAAAGAGAGCUGGGCCAUCAUGUCUCUACGCCAAUUCUUACGACCAGUGGUGCGAUCGCGGCUCCCCACCACCACAACACUCGCAACAUCAUUAUGCCUCCCUCACCAGCGCAACUACGCCAUGCAGACGCCCGGCAACCCGGUGCUGGAGAUCUUCAACCGGCGGGUGAAGCACCUGCAAAAGGACCGGGCGGCGCAGAACGUCGACGAGAGCCGAAAGACCGAUUACAUCAAGGACGAAGUCGCCAUGCGAUUAUGUGAACGAUUGCUGGACAUCAAACGCACCUUCCCGCAAGUCCUGGACCUGGGCGCGAACAGCUGCAACAUCGCGCGCGCCCUAACCACACCCUUACCCGACGAGGCCUCCCCAACAGGCACCGCCGACCCCCUCGCCAGCCGCAUCUCGCACCUAACCUGCAUCGACACGAGCGCCGCAUUACUGAACCGCGACAUCUCCCUCGAUUUCAACACCGCCCUCCCGAUCACGCGGCAAGUCGUGCCCGACCUCGAAACCCUCCCGUACGCCGAGAACAGCUUCGACGCGGUGCUCUCCUCGCUGAGCAUGCACUGGAUCAACGACCUCCCCUCGCUGCUGGCGCAAGUCAACAAGAUCCUCAAACCCGACGCGCCGUUCAUCGCGGCCAUGUUCGGCGGCGACACGCUGUUCGAGCUGCGCACGUCGCUGCAGCUCGCGGAUCUGGAGCGGCGGGGCGGCGUGACCCCGCAUGUAUCCCCCUUGGCCGACGUGCGGGAUGUCGGGGGUCUGUUGAAUAAGGCUGGGUUCAAGAUGUUGACGGUCGAUGUGGAGGAUAUUGUGGUUGAGUUUCCGGAUACGUUCAGCUUGAUGACGGAUCUGCAGGCCAUGGGGGAGGGGAAUGCGAUUCUGCAUCGCGAGAUGGGCCCGUUGUCGCGCGAGGUGUUGUUGGCGAACGAGGCGAUUUAUCGGGAGUUGCAUAUGGAGGACGGGGCCCGGGGGGUGCCGGCCACGUUUCGGUUGAUCUAUAUGAUUGGGUGGAAGGAAGGGGAAGGGCAGGCGCAGCCGUUGGAGAGGGGUAGUGGGCAGUUGAAUCUGAAGGAUAUUCUGGGGGGUGGGGAGUUUGGGCAGAAGUGA